AUGAUUUUGACGAAUCGGAACCGGCGGUUUUCGAACCGUGGCCACCACUACUUACGCAUAAUUCUUCUACGCGACAAUGGUCUUAUCAGUCCUCUUGUUAAACAACGAAUUAUAUCCAUCCACGACAAAGCUGUUGGCCUGCAAUUGAAUCUCAAGCAUUUUCCAGAAAAGGGAAUAAUAAGGGAGGUCGCAAAUACAUCAGAAGAGAUUAUUCAAUAUCUUUUCUCCCAGCAAAAUUUCUCAGAUUAUGGAUCCAUAGGCCCAACUGUCAGACUUUUAGAUCAGUUGGGGAAAUUGGCUAUGGAGCUCGACUCAACUGUUGGAUAUGUGGUUGACUACUGCAAGGAGAGUGAUGUUGCGGUUGGUUUUGGUGAGGAUCUAAGUGAUUCUACUGCUGCUACAUCAUCAUCAUCAUCAAUAUAUCCACCCACGGGCAGAGAUGAUAUGGUUGGUUUCGAUGAAGAUGUAUUACAGAUGAAGGACUGGCUAAUUAGCAUAUCAUCCAACCGAGAAAUCCUCCCUAUUGUUGAAAUGGGAGGCCUUGGUAAGUCCAAACUUGCUACACAUAUUUAUAAUGAUCCAUUGAUUAAUCAACAUUUUGAUAAUCAAGCUUGGGUCACAAUAUCACAAGAUUAUAGUAUACCAAGUAUUGUCUCACAAUUACUAGCUUCGCUCAAAGGAAAAGUAGAUCGAGUUGGAAGGGAGCACAUAAGCUUGAAAUUUACAAAAUCUUAUUGGGGAGGAGGUAUCUCAGAGUAA